AUGUUUGUAACACCUUGUUUACAACGUAAAGAUAUCUUCUUUUUAUUGGUUUUAUUGGCCCUUGCUCUGAUUGUACGUUUAUACAAAAUAGAUCAACCAAAUGAAGUUGUGUUUGAUGAAGUUCAUUUUGGUGGUUUUGCUGGACAAUAUAUUAAUGGUACUUAUUAUUUUGAUGUCCAUCCACCUUUGGCAAAAAUGUUGAUUGCUUUAUCAAGUCAAAUUUCUGGUUAUCAAGGUGAAUUUGACUUUGGUUUGAUCGGAAAUUCAUAUACCUCCAAUGUUCCUUUUGUACAGAUGCGUACUGUUUCUGCCAUUCUAGGUGCUUUACUUGCUCCUAUAUCUUAUAUUACUUUACGUGAUGGUGGUCAUUCUAUACAAGCUUCUUUGGUAACAGCCAUCGCUGUAUGUUUUGAGAACAGUUUGGUUACCAAUAGUCGUCUCAUUCUUUUAGAUCCUUACUUGUUGUUCUUUACAGCUUGGUCUCUUAUGUCAUGGAACAAAUUCUUCAAAUACAGCAAUAGACCUUUUUCUUCGUCUUGGUGGAUUUGGCUAACUAUGACUGGAUUGGGAUUGGGUUGUACUUUGAGUUGCAAAUGGGUAGGUCUGUUUAUCAUUGCUACUAUAGGAUGUUCCACUAUCAAUCAAUUAUGGGGAAUCUGGGGAAAUCUGAAUGUUACAAAAAUGCGAUUCCUUCGACAUGUUUUGGCUCGAACUAUUUGUUUGAUCAUAUUACCAAUGAUAUUGUAUAUUGGAUCAUUCUAUAUUCAUUUUUAUUUACUUCCUUUUUCUGGUCCUGGUGAUAGUAUGAUGUCCUCUCAUUUUCAGCAUUCUCUUAUUGGCCAUGAAAUUGAUGACAGUCCAAUUGAUAUUGUUUAUGGAUCAGCUAUUACUGUUCGUCAUCUAGGUACCAAUGGUGGUUAUUUACAUUCACAUGAUGCCGCCUAUCCUGAAGGCAGUAAUCAGCAACAAGUGACAUUAUAUCCCUAUCAAGAUGAAAACAAUUGGUGGAUUAUUCGAAAAAUGAAUAGUACAUUGGAUUUUGAAGAAAAAGAAAGUGGUGAUCUUUUGGGAUCCGAUGGCAGAACGUGGCUAGAUUAUGUACGACACGGCGAUAUUGUACGUUUGGAACAUAUAAAAACAAGUCCAAGAAGAUUACACAGUCAUGAUAUCAAAGCACCUAUCUCUGAUGAUGAAUCCUACAAAGAAGUUAGUGGCUAUGGUUUUCCUGAUUAUGAAGGAGAUUCCAAUGAUCUUUGGCGUUUAGUUAUUCCAGCUCAUGACAAAAGUGAAGGCAACGACGAUAAAUAUGGGCGGCUACAAACACUACGAACAACAUUUCAACUUAUUCAUCCUAUGCAAUCAUGUGCUUUGUAUUCUGGAAAUAAGAGAUUACCUGAUUGGGGAUUUGGACAACAAGAAGUAGCCUGUAUUCAAAAUGGAAAAUUACCUAAAACAUUAUGGAUGGUAGAAGAAACACAUCAUGAUCUAUUACCUGAUAAUACAACCAAAGUCAACUAUCCUCAUUCUAGUUUUUGGAUGAAAUUCAAAGAACUUCAUCAACGUAUGUGGACUGCCAACAGAGAUUUGACUGAAACUCAUCCUUAUCAAUCUCGACCUCCUGACUGGCCAAUGCUUCGACGAGGUGUAUCUUUCUGGGCCAGAGAUCAACGUCAUAUUUAUUUUUUGGGAAAUCCUGCAUUAUAUUGGGCAAGUACUAUAUCGAUCUUUACUUUUUUAAUUCUUUUCAGCUUCUUCAAGGUCCGUGCUCAUCGUCAGAUUAAGGAAAAAUUCAAUCCUCUUCGCCAACAGUAUUAUGAACAAGCAGCUGGAUUUUAUACCAUGGCAUGGGCAUUCCAUUAUCUUCCUUUUUAUUUGAUGGGUCGACAAUUAUUUUUACAUCAUUACCUUCCAGCUCUUUACUGUGCUCUCUUGGUAUUUGGUGUUGGCUUUGAUUGUGUGUUACAGAAAUGGUCUCCUUCUGCUCCAAGCUCCCCUGUUCACCGUUCAUCUACAUCUUCUACUUCUCAAGUAAUGACCACUUCAACAAAAACGAUAUCGGCUUUCCGUGCAUCUCUUUCUCGUUGGUCUGUUGCCUCUCUGUGGAUCAUGAUCAUUAUAACUAUCUUUUAUCUAUAUGCUCCAUUAUCUUAUGGCUUAUCUUGGAAUCAAGCAUCAUGUCAAGAAGCUCAAUGGUUACCAUUAUGGGAAUUUGAUUGUGGAAGAUAUACCCAAGGAGCUUUGUCUUCUUCAAUGUCUGCGGUCGAUAGUCCUACUUCCUUUACCAUGGAUUCGUCCGAACUUGAUUCGAAACUAUAUCCUUUUGUGCAUACUUCAUAUCACGGUGAACUUUAG